CCCAAAACCCCCCUGCCUGCGGCCGCGUCCGUCCGGGGCUCCUGGCAGCAGGCUGGGGUGCCAAUGGCAGCCCGUACGGCCUCGUCGCUCGAGCUGGGGUUGCCCGAGGAUCGGACGGCGCCGAAAGCCCGGUGCCGCGCAGCCUGUUGAAGGAGUUCGAGGCGGUGAGCGACUACCCAGGCCAGCCAGACGCGGAGCCCCUGGUGCCCCGCAGGCGCCUGAGGGGGCUCCGCGCCCUGUCUGGGCGCGGCUGCUCCGCGGUGGCGGCGGCGCUGGCGGCCGUAGGCCUGCUGGCGGCCGCCGCCGCGGCAUCGCCAUGGCGAGGCGCUGAGCCGAAGGGUCCCCGAGGCGCGCCUGCCGGCUCCCUCGUGCUCCAGGGCAAACAGGAGCAGCACUCAUCGCAGGACGGCUGCGGCGACGCCGCGGCGGGCGACGGCUGCUUCGAGCACGUGGCGUGGGCGAGGGAGCACGGCAUCCUGCAGCACCCGGACCUGGGGUGGUACCCGGGCCUCACCCCGAGCUCCCCCGCGAGCAGCUUCCAGCGCGUGCUCUUCCGGCAGGGCAUGGGCGGCUGCCGGCGGCCCUGCGGCGACGCCGCGGGCCCCCGCCACGCCAGCGCCCGCGGGCGUCACGAGUCCGGCGCCCCGGGCGGCUCGUCCGCCGGGCCCUCGAGCAGCAAGGUCGACGGCCACCUGCGUAGCAGCGCGCGGGCGGCCGGGAGCUCGAAGAAGAAGGCGCUGGAGGCCUCCAAGCAGCGGCGCGGCUCGCGCCCAAAGCCGGGCCCCCAGGAGACGCAGGCGGCGCGGCGAGGGCCUCGGCCCGAGGAGGGCGACGCGGCCCCGGAACGCUCCGCCGCCGACGCGCCGGCGGCCGCCGCGGAAAGCCGCGAGCAGCCAGAGCGCAGCGGGGCGGAGGACGCCGAGGGGGCCAUCGAGGAGGAGCGUCGCAGAGCGACGGGCGCCGCGGGGGUCCAGAAGGACUGCCACGACGCGGCCCCGGGCGAGCAGUGCUACGGACAGAUCCAGUGGGCGAUGCAGACAGGCGUCGCUUCGAACCCGGAGUGGUACCCGGGCCUCAACGCCAGCUCCGCCUUCCAGGACUUCCAGGCCUUUUUCAGCUCCGAGGGCAGGGACGGGUGCAGGGAGCCCUGCGCGACUGGCCACUGGCACGGGCUUCCUGCAGACUCCGCGGCCGCCAAGUCCCGCAGGGAGAAGCCGGUGUCCUCGGAUGUCCAGGCGCAGAUCGCGGCCGGCUUGAACGGCGGCCCCGAGCUGUUUUGCUGGAUGUUGUUCAAGGCGCACUCUUACGAGUCUGGCCUGGUGCAGCUGCAGCUGACGAACGGGUAUAACAUCUUCGCUUGCGACGCCUACGCGCUCUUCACCGACUUCCCUACUAGGCUCAGUGAUGGGACCGAGACGACCGCUUUGGGCGCAAUCGAAUCUCCGCCUUCGGCAUGGGGUUCAGUGCUGAAUACCGAGCCUUUCGUGAAAGCGUGGAAUGUCAUCGUCGAGGACGGCAGCUUCCGAGACUACGACUGGACCGUGAAGGCAGAUGCAGACGCAGUCUUCUUCCCCGAGCGGCUGAGGCUGAGCCUGGCCAACGUUCCCAAGAGGAAGCCAUACUGGGUACAGAACUCCAUCGGCAACACGCCGCUGCUUGGCCCGCUGGAGGUGUUCUCGAGGGAGGCCAUCGAGCUGUAUGCCGAGAAGGGCAAGUCCUGCAACCGGCCCGAUGUGGUGCUUGCCACCGGAGAGGAUGGCUUCAUAUCCAUGUGCAUGCAGGAGAUCGGGGCGGAAGCCUGGAUGGACCUCUCCCAGCUGCUCAGCACCACGAUCGUACCAGAGUGCGGGGCCACCUGGCACGUCGUCUACCACCCUUUUAAGGAUGUUGGCAGCUAUAUGGCCUGCGAGUUCGCAACCGACGGACACCAGUACCAGAAGUAGUUCCUCGAAGCUUGUGCACCGCCAUGUUGUAGAAGAGUGCGGGGCCAGCUGGAAUUUUGUGUACUAGUCCCAGUAGGAUGUCAUCAGCCAGCCUGCGCGAUUGCGUCUGGCAGGCCCUGGAUUUAGAGAUGAGUUCUCCAAGCUUGUGCUGGUCAAGCGCCCUGUGUCUGAUGACACGUGGGCCGAUCAGUGUUGAGACAGCGCCGAGCGCGCUGAGCACCGGGGUCUGUAGCCAGAAAUCUUUGAGGCAACGAUGCCGUCCCUUUCAGCAAAUUUGCGACAGAGGGUACAGUCCGUUGCGUGCGACAGCACGCCGAAUUUGUUCGAUAGGAUUAUGUAUUAUCGGGCGUCGUCGCCUGAGCGUCUGCGUGUAUUCUGAAAAUGUUCACUCGGGCUUUCUGCUUUGAGGCAAGGAAUCGUUGUCCAAGGCAGUGGCUCGAUCCAGGGGUAUCUUGUGAGUCGGUCACCCCUUUAGGUGUUUUUUCCCAGCGUCGAAUUUGAGCCAACGCAGGCAUAUGCGCCUGUGCUAAUGACACGCGUACAGUCCAAAAAGAUAGGACUGUACGUAUUAGCGUGCUCGCAUGAACGAUAAUUGCAGAGCGCGGUGACUGCGCGCCCGAACGGUGGCUGUUUGUCGCACCCAUUGCUUGGGCACGUGGUUUUUAGGUUGCAGCUGCUCGCGGCUGCGUAAGUGUCAACGACGUCUGUCCUCCGAGAAUAGAA